UGCUCAAGUUAUGAAUACGCGUUUACAAUAUUAUGCUGCUGACUCGUUUUUUUGUUGUCGUCGAUAAUGAGCAAUUAUUUCCCCCACGUUUUCGAAUGAGAGCUGUCUCGAGAGUCAGUUCUUUCAGGGACAAUGAGUGACAACAUCACAAUAAGGUUAAGAAGUUAAGAAGAGUAUGUGUCAGCAUUGGCUCAAAACAACAAUGUAGUGUGACAAGCGACCAGCUUGCUCCGUCAAUCUGCGCACGCAGGUUGGAAGUGUCGUGGACAGGUCCAGAAACAUUAUAGUCUUCAAGCCAGCCGAGAUGCUGAAGUGGGUUACUAGCUUUUUGUAAAAGCGUACAGGGGUUCAGAAGACAUCCGACACAGAGCACACAUUAGCCUCUAAAGUGUCCCUAUUUUUUUUAACUUGUCAUAAAGUGACUGUCAACUUGCGAACCGAGCCGGUUAGCUGGUUGGCUAGUGAUAAUGAACGGUUGCGCAUUGUCGGACAAUCAGCUAGUGUUACUCCGGCUAAUGCUCCUUCAGCUUUCUGGCUGCCACCGACAUCACUUCGAGCGCCGUCGACAUGAGAUGUCUGAAUAACUUUUUAUCUGCGAGACGUUUCAUUGCUUCCGUUUUCCCAUUAUGGACAGCGAACGCAGCAACUGCAGGCCCCAGGUUGGAGACAAUAGCAAGCUAACCUAGCCAGCGAGCUGUCGUGGCUGCUAAGCUGGCUGAAGGCUGUCUGGAGCUGCACUGAAAACGUCGCGGCGCCUGCACCAUGGAUCAUUUGGAUGUGACAGAAGAAAUAUCACCAGCUUGUAUCCAACCUUUGUUACGCAUACAAGAUCUGAUUGUGACUGACCAAGACUUUGCACCCUUGUACCCCAGCUCCAACAUAAUGUCUUCACAAUCCAAAUGGGGGACCAGCAGCACUGAAGACACCGACCUGAUCAUAACCGAGGAUGGGCUCAGUAAUGGCACCUGUGAAGUUGAGACUAUGGUCGCAUUGUACUGUCCUGGUGACAGUGGAGAUGUUACUCCUGAGGGUGACAGGCUUGCACUUGGCAAUAAUGGCGUCUCUGAGUUUUCAAACAGUGACUUCUCUCUGCCCGAGGUGUGCAUUUCUACCAACAGCAAUAGUUCUGAGGAGGAUAUGAACUAUGAGAUCCAACAAGCAUAUAGGAUAUUAACAGGAUUUCUCUCGGACAAGCACAAAGGGAUCACCAGCCCGUUCCUCCAUGCCGUCGGCCACCAGGAGGUCCAGCAUGGUAUUGAAGGGGUCCGCUGCGCUCGGGCACAACUCACGCCGUCAAUGUGCUUGCAGGGGAUGAAGGAGAAGUUUAUCAACCGAGACUAUGAGACCAUAACAGAGUUUGUUGCAGACUUCAGGCUGAUGUUGGAAAACUGUUAUCGCGACCAUGGAGUGGACCACUGGAUCUCCAAACAGGCUCAAAAGCUGGAAAUCAUGCUGGAGCAAAAGCUUUCAUUGCUAUCCAGGGCGCAACGAGAAAAGACAACUUUGACAGUGACCUCUAAAGGGCGGUUUGGUGCAGAAGAGGAACGGGGUUCAGGGGGCACCUCAACGAGGAGGAGGCUGGCACCUCGCAGUCUGGCUACCAUCACUGUGGGUGGGCAUGAGUCUAUCAUGGUUCAGGCCCUACGGCUGGAAGAACAACAGAGGGCCAAGGAGGAGAAGAGGCAACGUGAGCUUGAGAAGAAAGAAGCGGAGGAAAUGUCAGCCAAAGAUGUGGAAGAGUGGGAGCAGACUUUGCUGACGCAGGCUUCCCCCCACACUGUGGACACACUUUGGGAACUGCCCGCUAUCGGGCACUUCCUCUGUCUUGCUCAGACUGCACUUAACCUCCCGGAGAUUGUAUUUUUUGAUCUUGAGCGUUGUUUGCUGAUGCCCCGCUGCAGCGUCUUCCUGUGCAAAAUCAUGUCUUCCCUACUCUGUCUACCCCAGCGUAGGGCCAAUUUGCAACGCCGCCCUGUCCUGCCUUACCGCCGCUGGGAGUCAGAACUCAGGCAGCGGGUCAUGGGCUGGUAUCGAGCUGUUGGUACCUCACACGAUCAGUCAGCUCGAGCGGAGCAAUUGGGACUCUGCCAGCAGUUUUUCCGCACUCUCGGGGAGGUGAGUCCUUUGGAGGAGAAACCCUUUCACUUGCUGCCCCUCUACCAGCGAGUAUGGCUUCUGAAGGGGCUGUGCGAUCAUGUGUAUGAGACACAGAAAUAUGUGCAGGAUGCCCUCCUGGCUCAGCCCAUUCAUGAAUGUAGGGAGUCUAUUUUGGGCUAUGACGGCAAGGAGAAUUGCUAUAUACAUUUCCCUCAUUUCUGUGGGGCAGACCUGAGAAUCUACUGCCAAAGCCUUGGCACUCCUGUUUUCCCUUUCCCUUCUGUCCGGGUCAAAAGAGUCGACAUCGAGCCAGGGACCGGAGGUGAAGAGUCGGAUGGGAUGAAGGAAGAGGGAGUUACAAGUGACAGAGGGUGUUAUGGAGGCUCAAUGGACACAGGAGAAUCUGGUGAUUUUGGAAAGGGGGGAGCAGAGACAAUCUUGGGUUUCACAGGGGAAAAAAUGGAAGUAGAGGAAGAUAAACAAUGGUCACUGAAGGAGGAGGAGGAGUCUGAAUCAGGGUCCUCUGAUGGAGACUCCUGUGAAAACUCAAAAUUAGACUUAAUAAUACACAGUCUUAUUGGAGGAAGUGAUGUUGAAAUGACUUUGAAAGAAGAGACUGUAGCUUUGGAGCAUCAAUCCAAGCGACUUGCAUUUAAACCGGAGCGGGGCUUCUCAUUGAGCUCAAUGCGCACCAUUAAAGCAGAGACACAGGAGCCAUGUCUGAGUGUAGGGGAGCACAGCUACACAGGCAGAUCACCUGCCUGCUUAGUGAAUCUGGCCUCCCUGAACAAGUCAUUAAAAAUGGAGGGAGGAGGUCCCAGUGAACAAUACCAAAGGUCUCCCUGUUUGGAUUGUUCCAAAAGCAAAACAAGUCAUGGUAAAUCUGAGGAGCAUGACUCCUGCUGUGGCCCAUCAGGGCAAGCAAUGCAGUUGUCCUCUGAGAGUUCUCAAAAUUCAAGUCAAGAGAGGGUGACUGACAAAAUCUGGACAAAGAAAAAAAAGCGGAAGAAAAAGCGAGAGCGAGAACGACUGACGAGGGGGAAAGGAAAGGGCGAUCAGCUGCAGCAUGUUGACGGGAUGAUGCCGUCCUCGGCUGAGACGACCAAGUCUGGAGUACGGAGGCUUGCCAAAACGAUCAAAAGGAAAGACAAAAAGAAAAAACAUAAAACCGGAAAAAAGCUUGAAUCAUCAAAGAAAAUUAAAGAUGAGCCUUCAUUUGAACCGUCAUUUAAGUUGGUAUGCAGAAGUCUUGAGGACUUGCGAGGCCUGAUCAGUAAGACAGAAGAUGAGCUUGAUGACCUAGAGGGCACAAAUAAGAGAUUGGGUCGGUGGUAUUAUAGGAGGGAAGCAGUGAAAGACCUCCACAGCACUCUAAUCAGACUACUGAAUGAGCUUUCCCCCUGGGAACCCAAACUCAUUAAGGCCUACCAAAGGAACAGGCUUCGUUUAAAGAAGGAAUGUGAUGAUUUCAAGAAAAACCCAGAAUACAAUAACUUUGUGCGUGAGGAGAGUAUUUCCUCCUCCUCCUCUGAUGUUGAUGACGAUGAUGAAGAGACAGGUUUGGGGAAGGAGGUGUGUUCAUUCUCGGAUCAUUAUGGUCGAUCGGAAGCGGAGGACCUGGAACAUAUGGUUCCCAGAGGUCUUUGGAGUGGAGGAAACACCAGGGAGUUUGUGGCUGAGUCUGCUGGAGCAGGAACAGUGAACUACAAACCUCCCAACCACAUAAAACAACCUCUGGUCGGCACGGAGAAACAAGUCAGUCUGCUGCAAACCAGUCAGACUGGCAGCACUGACAUUAUGUCGACCCCUGACUCUGGGCCACAAUCUAAAUCUCAAGUGACACCAUCAAAUCGAUCCAAGGAUUCAGACUCGGCAAGGGUGACAACCCAGGCUUCACUGUCACCGAGAUCCCCCAUCCUCCAUCCCACCACUGGACUACCGAAGGGCUACACGCCCAUCCCCACCCUACUAGCUAAGAGUGUGGGAAACAAAGUGACCUUAAUGAAAUGGCCUGCUGAUUUUACCGGGAUCAACAUCAUAGACAGACAGAGCAAAGGGUCUUUGGUCUCCCUGCCUACCUCUACAAAACGCUUAAAAGCACAAAGCUUUCCAUCAAGUUCCCAGCAGAACUCCCAACAAAUGCAGGCUCAAGGACGACAACAACAAACAGAAGUACUAAGACAGCCAGGAAUGGCAGCAGCUCUUCCUAAAUCACCACAGACAAAACCUACCCAGACCGCAACAACAAAUCCUGUCCAAGUGGUGUACAAAGUACCUGAGGGGCUGGGUCACCUUCUAAGGAAAGACGGCAGCAGCCCGGUCAAGAUUUCUGUUCAUCCUGUCGUGGACCACAACACCGGGGAGAAGAUUAUGCAGCAAUUGGUGAUUCUGCCUUCUAAUCUUCUCAUUCACAAAGCUGAAGAAAAGGUGCCUCCUUUACAUCAACAGUCUAAGGUCAUUCCGGCCCCAGUUUCUAAAGAGGCCCGCCCCUUCUAUAUGUCCACCAAUGUGCCUGGGUUCAUUAUUUCCGAAAGCAGAAUCCCUGUUCAGCAGGUGGCCCCCCGAAAAGGUGUGAGGACACCCUUUUCUUCUGUUGCCCCUCGUCUGCAACAGGGGGCCCUAAACGCAGCGGCGCUCAAGGGGGCACAAGCCUGCAGUCCCCAAGCUACGACACCACAAGGUGUCACACCUAAACCCUCACCAAUCACAGCUCCUCUUACAUCUACAGACCCUAAACAGGAGCUGAAGACGAUGUGUAUCCGUGACUCGCAGUCCAUCCUGGUAACAACUAGAGGAGGCAACACGGCCAUUGUUAAAGUCCAGACAUCCUCGGAUCAGAAUGCCCUUGGUUCUUUGCCCAACAGUUCAGUUAUCACCAUCUCACCUCAGUUAAAAGCCUUCCUCGUCUCCAAGACAUCACAGACUCUCUCUCCUCCUCCCUCUCAGACUCCCCCUCGCACCUUGCCAGCAGUGACGGGUAUCUCAUUGGGCCAGCCUCAGAAGACGGUUCCUUCACUAUUUAAGUCCCAUUCCAAACUCACAACUCCCAUGCUUGCUGCAGUCACUGGCAACAAUCAUGUGACAGGCCCAGGAGGUCAGACUGCAGGCACUACUGUGACUAUGAAUCACGGCCCCAACGCCUCAGCCGUUUCGACAGUUGCAACCAAGAUUGUCCAGCUAGCACAGACUCCUGCUGCUGGUUCUCAUUUCCAAGCUUCCUUAGUAAAAAACACUGUUGUUGUCCCGUCACUGAGUAACUCUGGUGUUCUCAAACAAGCAGAGUUCAUCAGCAAGACUGCAAUGAAGCGGGCAAGUACAGAUGAGAGAUCCCAAGUUACUAAAUUCAUCCUUGUAACUCCCUCUUCUUCCUCCACUUCAAAUGCAUCCUUAUCAAAAGGUACACCCUCUUACACAAAAUCACUUCCGAGUUCAAGAGUCAUGUUUAUUAGCCACCCAGCGGCAACAUCAUCCACCACCACCGUGGGAAGCACUCCAAAGCAGGCAAUAGCAACAGGAGUGAGCAGACAGCUGCUGACCACUUCAUUAUCUAGUCAGACUCUAAAGAUGGGAUCAUGCACAGGCUCAGAAGCAUCGUCCAAGGUCAAGAACAUCACGCUGCCCUCAGGUGUUCAAAUCCAGUUAUCUGGGAAGACAACCACCAUUGGACAGACAAUAGGUGCCCUGUCACGUUCUCCCUCCAAGAACACGCCAGUGUCUGCUUCAGAUACAGGCCGUCCAACAGCCACCACGACUGGACUGGUCCCACUUACAAGUUCAAAUACCAUCACAAGCUGCUCUGCCCAGCUUGCCUCUAACUCGUCUCUGACCACCAGCUGUCAGCUCAAGGGUGUUCCUUCCUUCCCCGUGCUCUCCCAACCAGGCCCUUCCACAUCCACUGCUGCCAUGCUGCCCGCAGGACAUGUGGUCAAGAAGGUCCUUUGUACACCUUCAAGCAUACUGUCCAGUAACUCUCUUGUUCAGGUAACUACUCCUGUGCAGAGUAGCCCAGCACACACCUCCAGUCCCGCUCUUGUCCGUCAUCCUUCGAAUAUCCAAAGUGCUACUGGUGAGGAAACCACGUCCUUUUUAACACCCUCUCAACUAGCUCACAGUAAAACCCAAACACCAAUCUCUUCUGCAGCAACCACCCAUAUCCCAGUCCCCACCUCUGCUACUGGCACAAUCCAGCAGAGAAUAGUCAUCAACACUUCAACGCCUCUUGCUGCUGGCACACAGAUCGUCCUCAACAAUGCACGUUUUGUAGUCCCUCCCCAGGGUUUGGGUCCAGGCAGCCAUGUCCUUAUCAUCUCUAGUCCUGCACCACAACAAGUGCCUACUGCCAGUGUUCCCAGCGCUGGUGCAUCAGUACCUCCCCAAGGGGCGAGUCAUGUCACGGAAGCCCCUCGAGCACCACUUUUACCCCAGUCCCCAGCCAGGAUGCCUGGUGUGCCAGUAAUAAGUUCUCCUUUUGUAGCAUGCGCACCUGCGGUUGGUCCAUCAUUGCUCGCAACCACUCCAAACGUCACGCCAGUCCGACUAACAGGAAUGCCUGGUCUGGGCUCAACGUGGUUACCCAGUAAAACAAAUGUAGUGUCUGCUCUGCCGAGGCUGCCAGCUGCACAGGCUGGUCCCUUCGCAUCACCACCGGUAGGUACACCCACUCUGGUCUCAUCCCCGCCACGGCUGGGCAGUGUACCGGCCCUCGUCUUCCCAGGAGGAACGUGUGCCCCUGCUCUCGGCUCAGCCCUGACUACAAUCAGGUUAGCUGCUGGUACACCCACGCCAGCUGCAUUUUCAUCCACCGUAUCGCCUGCAGUAGCACCCCCCUUGUCCAGGUUGUCAGCACCGCUAUCCUCCCUGCCUGUUUCAUCCAGCCCAUCAGCUGUUGCCCUGCCCAGCCCUGUCAUGCCACCUUCUACUGCAGCUCCUGUGUUAGCAGCACUUCCGGCCCAGCAGGCGGUUUCAAUGACGACCCCUGGCCCAGGCAUACAGCCCCAGCAGACGGCGGUUGUAGUUGCAGCCCCGUUCAGCGCUCCAUCACGGGCUUCAGAACAUAUGGAAACACAUCAAGACAAUAUAUCAGUCAGAAAAAUGAUGCCUGCAGUCAUGCAACCAGUGACGCAGGUAUUACCAACCGUGGCUGUCCCUUCAAUUGUAAGUGCAGUGUCUAGGAUGCAGACACUGCCUGUUGCUACAGUUUCACCCAUCGGAAGCACUUUGAACCCCUUUGAAACGGCACCUGUGGUCACGGCCCCUUCGUCCAACAGCAGUGUAACCAUCACUCCUGCGCAACCAAUCACAUCGCUGAAGACAAACGACACAACACACCCGCCACCUGCCGUUAUGACCAAUCAAGCUUUUGGAACGCACUCUCUGCAGACCUCAUCCUUAGGUGUGCAUCCCAAUGGGGCAUCCAAGAUACUCAAUCGUUCUGACGCUGCCGUUUUGAACACAGUUCAUGGCCAGGUCAAUCCAGUUGCCUGCCCCAAACCACUGGAUGCACGAGUGGUUUCCCCCCACAGUCCCACUGGAGCAUUACACAAACACGAUUCUUUAUUCCAGCCUUCAGAGGCAGACAGAAAGUGUUCCAAGUAACUAGGACUGCCGGCUGUGUGAGGACUCAGACCUCUGUCAGCGGCUCAGUGUUGCCAGGCCUCUUAUGCAUUGCUUGUAGUAAUCCUGGGGUUGGUUCAAAACUUCUUUCCAGCUGUAGUUUGACUUGUAACUUACAUUUAGAAUGAAGCAGGUUAUACCCGUUGGUUAUAUCUUGUUAUAGGUAAACUGUAUGCUCAAUCAGACAUACUGGAAAUGUAUACUGUGAUGGUUUUCUCAAGUGACAACCGGUAAGGUUGCCCUCAGAUGAAUGUUAGAGACUCUUGAUUUUCUUUUUACUUUGUGGCCAGUAAUGACACAUGACAACAACGGAGUAUAAUUUGAUGGCAGAUAAAGCAGGAAGUUAAAAAAGCUUAUUAAAAAUAUGUUUCAAUGCCAUGAAAUACUGCUUCAAGAAGUAGUCAUUUGGAUACCAUUCAUUGGUAGAACUUGCUCUGCUGUAUCAGAACAAUAGAACUGUGUAUUCAGAUUCUAUCAUGUUGUGCUUUUUUCAACUAGUAACUGUUUUAAAACUACAUUUUACUUUUUAGAAAUAUAAGUAAUAAUAGAUGCAUUUGUAUAACAUGUUUGAGCUCAUAUAACAUGUUUUGAAGUUAUUUAUUUAUUUUUACCAUUAUUGAUUUUGAAAAAAUAUUUACUAGGUACAUUUUCUUUGAACAAAAUGUGGAUGUUACUGCAUGGGAAUAAACAAUGCGACUGUCCCCAA